AUACAAUUCAUUGAGUUGUUGUUUAGAAAUACGGCCGUUCGGUUGUUUCGUUUUAAAGUCGUCGGGUAAAUGAAAUGACAAACGAGCUAUUUACUAGUAAGCGGCACGCCCUUGUGCUCGUAUCAGCGGAUAUAUUGGUUGUUUUCAAUUUUCGCAAUAUAUUGUUGUGUACAUUUGCAGUUUAUUAAAGAAAAAAGAAAGAAAAGAAAAUGUAAUAAAUUUCUUUGCUUUUCUUAGUUGAAUGAAUGCAAAAAAUACAAAAACAACCUAUGUGUAUAAUUCAGUAAAGUUAAAAUAUAAACGAAGUUAAAGUUAAUGACAAGUCUUCCAAAUUCGUGUCUCUCUUUCUCUGUGAAACAGUGAAAUAAAUCAACAACUAAUGUCAUUAAAAUACUUCGUGUGUACAUACACAAAUUGUAAAGAAUAAAAGAAUGCAUACAUAAAAUACAUAAUGAAAUGAAUGAAAUUUUUCAAAAUUUUUUAUGAAAAUCUAAAAAUGCUGAAAUUUCUGAAAAUAAUAAAAAAAAACGCAAUAAGGAAAUCUAUAUUUCUAUAAAACGUCAUUAAAACGCAGCAUAUACAUUUCAUAUAUAACCGCGCCAGCGCUUCCCUUCAACUCCCAACCAUUCCAAUAAGAAUGGUGGAUAAAUCAUCGAAAUUGGAUAAAUUUAGCGCCAAUAUGAAUGCAGCGGCAUUGGGAGCCGGUGGCGGUGGCGGUGGCGGUGUCGGAGGCGGCUCGAUCAGUGGAGUUGGUGUUAGCGUUGGCGGUAGUUCAGGAAGUGGUGCUAUUAUCGGCACUGGUGGUGCAAGUGGCUUGCAUUAUCAUCAAUUGCAACAACAACAACAACAACAACAACACCAUGCACAUCAACAUCAACAUAGCCAUCAAAAUGGUCAGAAACCCGUACCAAUGAAGUUAUUUGCAGCCUGGGAAGUUGAUCGCACACCACCGAAUUGUAUACCAAGAUUAUGCUCAUUAACUAUAACGCGCUUAACAAUAUUAACACCAUUGCCUGGUGAUACGACAUCAUUAUCGUUGGCAGUGAAAAUGCAAAGCUCGAAGCGUACUUUACGUUCGCAUGAGAUAUCGAUAAAUGGUGCUGGAUUAUUACAACUUGGUACAAUAGCGACAUCGGCUAAUAUGGCCAACACUUCGAAUAUUGUUAGCUCGGGUUCCGGAAUUGGUAUGAAUUUAUUACAGCAAAGUAACUCGCCCGUAGCUGUUGGUAGUAGUUCCAGUGUUGGCUGUCAAAAUGCCGGCAAUUCUCAAUUAGUAUCUGCAUCAUUGAUUGGUACAUCUGGCAACGUUACACCAUUAGCGGAAACUGAAUUGGAUUUAAAUUUCAGCCUACAAUAUCCACAUUUCAUUAAACGUGAUGGCAAUAGACGUUACGGUUACAAUUUGCCUUUCUUCUUCUUGCAUCAUGAACAUCCGCACAGACUGGUUAUAUUACUACAGCGACGUAAAAAGUAUAAAUCUCGUACCAUUUUGGGUUAUAAAACCUUAGCUGAAGGUUUUAUACGCAUGGAUGCAGUAUUACAGAAAUCAAUGGAUAUGACAGUUGAAUUGACGGCAUCCGGUAAAAAUGGUCGUCCGGGUACAACUGUAGCUUGCUUGCGUGCCGAACGUGUCUCGUCCAUUCCAGUUGAUCACGACAAUAAAAAUAAUAAUAGCAUGAUGCUGGCAGAUCGCGUUGCUGAAUAUUCGGAUGAAGAUGAAGAAGGUGAAUUUAGCUCUGGCGAAUUUAAUGAUGAAACUAAUGAACUCGGAAUUACGGGCUACGAUGCGAAACGUGAUUAUAAUCCAGCCAAGCAUGAUGUCCGCAAGUAUCGUAAGUUGCAACGAUCGGAAGUAGAAGAUGUUGCAUUAGGACCUAACAAUCCGGUGGAUAGCGAUAGUGAAUUCGAGAUUAAAGAUAAAAGUUCAUCGCGGGCUAAAAUAAGUAGAACUAUAUCCUUGCAACAGCGAAACUUUAAGCAGAAAAUCUUUGCUUUGCUUAAACGUUUUAAAGCCACUGAGGAAUUGGAAGGUGAAGUGAAUCGUAGCACGGCCGCUUUAAGAGGGGAACGAGAUUUAGAUGCUUUAUUUCAAGAACUUGAAUCUCUGUCGUGUUGUGAGGGCGACGAUUCCGGUCCAGAUAUAGAUAGUUUAUCAAUUGGUUCGACACCUAAACCGUCUCUUAGGCCGUUUUUCACGAAUUCACGUAUCAUGCUACAUGACAUUGGUGCAGGUGGUGGCAGCAUUGAACGCAGAUCAUCGGAUAAAAGCGACCAAUUGACCAAUUCGUCUUUUCAAAUUGAAAAUAACAAACAAAAAUGCAUUCAUUUAACAAACAAUAACAAUUCGGCAACAACACAAGCAGAUCGAACCUGUGAUAAUCGCAAUGAUAGCUCAGGCAAUGAAGGCAAUGCUGUUUACACUGAUGGUCAAACAUCUGAUCCGCAAAAUAGUCCUCCACGUAUUGAUAAGGAUUAUAUACGUUCGCAACAACAACAACAACAACAACAACAUCAUCAUCAUCAUUAUCAUCAUCAUCAUCCACAUUAUUAUCAACAACAGCAACAGCAACAACAACAAUUAACACCUGUUAAUACGAGCACUAAUUUGCAAGGAAUAGCUUCAUCGACUAUUAGCAAUAAUGCCAACACACCUGCUUCCAAUGAGAAACGUUCUCGUCUUUUUCGGACGUCGAGUAGCAUACCGGGAGGGGGUAAAAAGAAACAAACACUUAGCCUAAGUGCUGAACCACGCUCAGUAUUAGAAACAUGUUUGUCACCUACAAAUGUGGAGCCACGUAAAAUAUUAUUAGAUCAAUUGGCGCGUAUAUUUGCCAAUGAGGAUCCAAUGACGCCCGAUGUGGUGACAAUAAUAAGUCCACCAGAAGCGAUUAGCGGUGGCGGUUUUGUUACAAAAUUGACUGCGCUAUUUGCUAAUUCCUUUAAACCAGCCUUCGUGCCACAGAAUACAGCUGAAGUUAAGGCAAUACUCCAAGCCCUAAUGGGCAAAAUACAAAAAUACUGCAACUCAAACGCUAAACCUCCCACCACGGUUAAGAUCCUUUUAAUUGGCGGCGACUGGUUACAGGGUGCUACUUUACGGCAUUAUGUCGAAUUAAUGGGCGUUCGACCGCCCGAUUGGCUUAAUCAUUUGCGUUUUUACAUAGUUCCGAUUGGAGGUAGCACUAUAGCUCGCUAUCUAAGCCAAAUGGAUCAAGCGUAUGCGGUCAUGUUCGGUUCAGAAAAUUGGUAUCAAUUAUGCGAAAGAGCCGCAGCCACAGCGGCUGCCGUUAGCGCUGUUACAACAGUUAAUGCAACAGCUUUGUCAUCUUCCUUGGCCGAUUCAAUGGCUGCCCAUAAAUCGGAUAUCGUUGAAUUGGUCAAUCGCAUACAUAGGUACUUGCAAGCAGCUGGGCCGUGCACCCAAAUCCCCAUAGCCGAAGCCAUGGUCAACUACAAGGACGAGGAUUCAUGCCAGAUAUUUGUGCCAUUUGUUAGUGACGUACGCAUAGGGUAUUUGGAGGGACCCCAAGCUUCGAUUGAUCUCGAUGAAGGCAACAUUCAAUCCGCUGGCAGCAUUUCCGCUCAACAAUCUUCUUCCAAUACAAGCGUCGCCAUACCUAUUAAUAAUAUUAACUCACAAAAUACUAAUGCUAAUGCGGUAUCAUCGAGCCUGGGAGGUGGUGCAGGUGGUUUAUCGGGAUCACCACCGCAAAGUGGUCGCAUAACACCGCCAAUACAAACACCACCAUCAUCUGCUUCAUCGCAGCGUGAUCGAUCCCUUGAUGUUUUCGGUGCUACACCGCAACAUCCUAGCAAUGAAUCGGUCGAACUACAAGUUGAUUAUUGGCCGAUCGUUAGACAUGGCGAUUAUCUAACUAAAGAUAAAAGUACGACACGUAGUAGUGAUCAGGGCGGUAAAAACAGUAUCAAGAGCACGUUUCGUAACCUGCAAGUAUGGCGCUUACCGCAGAAUUCACCAUUGGGCGAUUUAUCGAUUGGAUUGACCGUAUCAUUUGCCACGAAAGAAAAGAAACAAAAGCAAAUUAUGCGCUUGGGGAAGAAAAAGGAAAAGGAUCGCGAUCUCGAAAAAGAGCAAUGUGUUGAGGGUGUGGCUCGUUUAAUUUGCUCACCUAAACAAUCUCAUCCGGUGCCAUUAAGAGUUUAUAUAGAUGGUACUGAAUGGACUGGCGUUAAGUUCUUCCAAUUAUCAUCGCAAUGGCAGACACAUGUUAAAAAUUUCCCCAUUGCAUUAAUUGGUUGUACACCAAUGUCUUGUUCUGAACUACUAUCCUAGUCAUUUUCUUAAAACAAAUAGUUGCACACAAAAAACCCACACUAUAUACACACAAUUAAGCCACAACAACAAUAAUAAGGUAAAUGCGCUC